AUGAGUCACGCCGUCCCCGAUCUAGACUCGAUUGGUAUCAAAGCCGAGCAUGAUCUCGCUGAUCAGUUUCGCCGCGAAGUCGCCACUCUUCUGGGGCGCAACAACAUCAACUUCCCCGGCGCACAACCAGUCAGCUUCUCGGCGCGACAUCUGACGGAGCUGCAACGGGAGGACUACUUCGUCUGCGAAAAGACCGAUGGUAUCCGCUGUCUGAUGUACUUUGCGCGCGGGGAUCCCAACUCAGACACGCCUGAAAUCCACUACCUGAUCGAUCGCAAGAACGACUACCGCUACGUACCGGGUCUACACUUUCCCUUGCCGAACGACGACACUUUCCAGAGCUACCACGUCGACACCCUGGUCGACGGCGAGCUCGUCAACGACACCUACGACGAUGGAACCACGCAGCUGAAAUAUUUGGUCUUUGAUUGUCUGGUGUUGGAUGGACAGAGCUUAAUGCACCGUACCCUGGAUAAGCGGCUGGCCUACUUCAAGGAGAAGGUUCUCAGGCCGUACAAUAGCAUGUACCGCAAAUACCCGGAGGAAAAGGCCCACCGUGCCUUCGCGGUGGAGGACAAAUCCACCCAGUUCAGUUACGGCAUUGAAAUGAUGUUCCGCGAAAUUAUCCCCAAGGUCAAGCGCAUCCACGGUAACGACGGUCUCAUCUUUACUUGCCGGAGUACUCCGUACCGCAUUGGCACCGACGAGCACAUUCUGAAAUGGAAACCGCCCCAAGAGAACACGAUCGAUUUCCGUAUGCGACUCGAGUUUCCGACACUCGAGCCAGAUUCCGAGGAUGAGGCGGACGGUGUUACUCAGCCCUACGUGGACUACGACGCUAUUCCGAUCUGCCACCUGUUCGUCAUGCUCAAUGCCGGCGAGUACCGUCAUUUCGCGGAGAUGUUCGUGGAGCCGGAGGAGUGGGAGAAGCUCAAGGCUAUGGGCGUUCCACUCGAUGACACUAUUGUCGAGUGUGCGAAAGAUGCGGAAGGACGCUGGCGCUUUCAUCGUAUCCGCGACGACAAGAAUGAUGCAAACCACAUCUCCACUGUUGAGAAGGUUCUUGAGAGUAUCGAGGACCGCGUUACUGAAGAAGAUCUCAUCCGUCUUGCUCCUGUCAUCAAGGCGGCCUGGAAACAGCGCCAGCAUAAUAUGGCUGCUGCGGAUGAGGAGAAGAAGCGAAGAGCCCAGGUCAUGCCUCCAUCUGCAGCCCCAAACGGUAUUAAGCGGAAGUUCGAGGCAUAA